GCGGUCACCCCGGCCCGUCUCUUCCGCCAGGUGAGCUCGGUCACCCCGACCUCUCACUUCCGCCAGGUUUCUUCAAAAGUGACUGAAGAGACCAAUUCACAAUGCCUGAAAAUCCUGCCACAGAUAAAUUGCAGGUCCUGCAAGUUCUUGAUCGUCUGAGAGUGAAACUGCAGGAGAAGGGGGAUACGUCACAGCAUGAAAAACUGUCUCUGUUUUAUGAAACGCUCAAGAGUCCCCUCUUCAACCAGAUACUCACACUUCAGCAGUCCAUCCGGCAGCUGAAGGGGCAACUCAACCAUUUGCCCUCAGAUUGUUCAGCCAACUUUGAUUUUUCAAGAAAAGGUCUGUUAGUGUUUACAGACAGCUCCAUUGCUAAUGGGAAUGCCCAGAGGCCUUCUGCAUCUGGGCUGUUUCCUUGGGCCCCCCAGCCCGGAAAUGAAGACUUUACUGCAGUCAUUCAACAGAUGGCUCAGGGCCGACACAUUGAAUAUAUAGAUAUAGAACGGCCUCCAGCGGGAGGACUUGGAUUCAGCGUGGUGGCCCUUCGCAGCCGGAACUUGGGAGAGGUUGAUAUCUUCGUGAAAGAAGUACAGCCUGGGAGCAUCGUGGCCAGAGAUCGGAGGUUAAAGGAAAAUGACCAGAUACUGGCUAUUAACCACACACCGCUGGAUCAGCAUGUUUCCCAUCAGCAGGCCAUUGCAUUGUUGCAACAGACCACUGGGUCUUUGCACCUCGUUGUCGCCAGAGAAUGUGCCCUCACAACUAGUGCUUCUUUCAACCUCCCUGAUACGAGUCUGCCAGAAACAGUUCAUUGGGGCCAUGUUGAAGAUGUUGAACUCAUUAAUGAUGGCUCCGGGUUAGGUUUUGGAAUAGUUGGGGGAAAAUCAACAGGUGUGGUUGUGAGGACUAUCGUGCCCGGAGGACUAGCAGAUCGAGAUGGCAGACUCCAGACAGGUGAUCACAUCUUGAAGAUCGGCUCCACAAAUGUGCAGGGAAUGACCAGCGAGCAAGUUGCCCAAGUGCUGAGAAAUUGUGGGAAUUCUGUCAGGAUGCUUGUGGCCAGAGACCCAGUCGGGGACAUUUCUGUAACUCCUCCAACCCCCGCAGCUUUACCAGUUGCUUUGCCAACUGCAACCCACAGGAGCUCUAAUACUGACGACUCCACUCUUUUUGAAACUUACAAUGUUGAACUCAUUAAAAAAGAUGGACAGAGUCUUGGGAUUCGAAUUGUAGGCUAUAUUGGAGACUCUCAAACCGGGGAAGCUUCAGGGAUUUAUGUGAAAAGUAUAAUACCUGGCAGUGCUGCAUUCCACAAUGGCCAAAUUCAAACGAAUGACAAAAUAAUUGCUGUGGAUGGCGUGAAUAUUCAGGGCUUUGCCAACCAAGAUGUUGUGGAAGUUUUACGCAAUGCAGGGCAAGUGGUUCAUCUCACCCUCGUUCGAAGAAAGGCUCCAUUUUCUGCCCCUCCACCAGAGCAGCCUACAGACAAAGGGAGUGCUACUGAACCUCUGAAGACACCAACCCUCUUUCUGGGUGGAGCAGUGGAGACAGAAACUAACCUGGAUGCUGAGGAUGAGGAGAUGGAAGACAAAAUGGACAGUCUGAACAUGGAAAGUCACUCUGCAGUAGAGAAACCAGAAAGAGUCCCAGACACUCCAGAAAAUGAGCUGAAAUCCAGAUGGGAAAACAUAUUGAGCCAUGAUUAUGAAGUAAUGGUUGCAACUUUGGACACGCAAGUUGCUGAUGAUGCUGAAUUACAGAGAUAUUCCAAGCUGCUGCCCAUUCACACGCUGAGGCUUGGCAUGGAAGUGGAUUCCUUUAACGGGCACCACUACAUUUCUUCGAUUGUCUCGGGAGGUCCUCUUGAUAAGCUGGGCCUCUUCCAGCUAGAAGAUGAGCUUCUUGAGGUCAACGGUGUCCAGCUAUAUGGGAAGUCACGCCGAGAAGCCGUCUCCUUCCUCAAGGAAGUGCCACCCCCUUUCACUUUGGUUUGCUGUCGGCGGUUAACUGAUGAUGAGGAGGCCUCAGUGGACGUGCCCAGGACCCCGAUUGCCUCUCCCCUGGAGAUGGAGACCAUCCACAAUGUCGAUGUCCAUCCUGAAGAUGAGGAUGAAGAUGGAGAGUUAGCACUCUGGUCGCCUGAAGUCAAGAUUGUCCAGUUAGUAAAAGAUCAGAAAGGCUUAGGAUUCAGCAUUUUGGAUUACCAGGAUCCCUUAGACCCCACAAAGUCAGUGAUUGUGAUCCGCUCCUUGGUGGCAGAUGGUGUCGCAGAAAGAAGUGGGGAGCUAUUACCAGGGGACCGUUUGGUGUCAGUCAAUGAGUACUAUUUGGACAACACCGCACUUGCAAAUGCUGUGGAAGUGUUGAAAGCUGUUCCACCAGGCAUAGUGCACCUUGGCAUCUGUAAACCUUUAGUGGAAGAUGAUAAAGAGGAAGAAAGUCAUUAUAUUUUGUCCUCCAACACUAAUGAAGAUAAAGCUGAACCUUCAGGAACAAUUCAUAACAUAAGUUCAUCUUUAAUACUUGAAGCACCCAAGGAAUUUAGAGAUGAGCCUUAUUUUAAAGAAGAGCUUGUGGAUGAGUCCUAUCUCCGUGUGGGGACCUCAUUUCAACCGAAGCAAAACGAGAUCAACAGCAGCCAAGAGGCCUGGGAGAUGGAAGAAUUCUUGACUCCUCGGUUGCAGGAACUGGGAGAAGAAAGAGAAAUGCUUGUUGAUGAAGAAUAUGAGCUCUAUCAGGGUUGCUUGCAGUCCCUGGAGCAGUACCCCCCUACGAGGGAAAGUCAUUAUGGUGGUACCCAGUGGUUACAGAAGAGUGAACCCCUAGAACUACAGGAAACAAGAUCCUCGAUGAGCAUGUAUCCCCAGGAGAUGCCGCAGUAUGGCUACAGCCCUGAACACAUGAUGAAAGAAAAUUUGGACAUCAAUACCCUCCCCUCCAUGCCAUCUGAGGAACGAGACAAUCAACAAGGCAGAUUUGAUGAUCUGGAAAAUCGUCAUUCAUUAACCAAAAGCAGCUUGGAUUUAGGCAUGGUGGUUCCAGGUGAUGGCCCAAGCCCUGGCUUGCUUGCUGAGCUUCCUGCUGUGGCUCAAAGAAAGGAGGAAGAACUGAGAAAGGAGGAAGAAGAACUGACUUUAUACCAACUUCCCAGGACCCACAACGUGCCCAAGACCUCAGCAUACACAGGAAUGUUAUCUUCUAGACAUGCCUCACAUGCAUGUGAGUUACCCGAGAGAGAAGAAGGUGAAGGAGAAGAGACCCCAAACUUCAGCCAUUGGGGUCCACCAAGAAUCGUGGAAAUUUUUAGGGAACCCGACGUGUCUCUGGGUAUUAGCAUCGUUGGUGGACAAACCAUCAUAAAACGCCUGAAGAAUGGGGAAGAGCUUAAAGGAAUCUUCAUCAAACAAGUUUUAGAAGACAGUCCGGCAGGAAAGACAAAUGCUCUUAAAACUGGAGAUAAAAUACUCGAGGUGUCUGGCGUGGAUCUGCAGAACGCAUCCCACACAGAGGCUGUGGAAGCCAUCAAGAACUCCGGAAACCCUGUGGUGUUUGUGGUUCAGAGCUUGUCGCCCACCCCGAGAAUCCUCCCAAAUGCGCAGAACAAGACUAACAAAACUACUGGUAACCAAGACCAAGGCAUCCAACAAAAGAGAGAAAAGAAACGAGGAGCUGCUCCGCCACCAAUGAAAUUGCCUCCACCCUAUCGAGCUCCAUCUGAUGACAGUGAGGAAAAUGAAGAAGACUCCGUAUUUACUAACAAAAAAAUCAGGCAAAGAUAUGCAGACCUGCCUGGAGAAUUACACAUCAUUGAACUUGAAAAGGAUAAGAAUGGACUUGGGCUCAGUCUUGCUGGUAAUAAGGACCGGUCACGCAUGAGUAUCUUUGUGGUGGGAAUUAACCCGGAAGGACCCGCUGCCUUGGAUGGAAGGAUGCGGAUUGGAGAUGAGCUUUUAGAGAUAAACAAUCAGAUCCUCUAUGGAAGAAGUCACCAAAAUGCAUCUGCCAUUAUUAAGACUGCCCCUCUGAAAGUCAAGCUGGUUUUUAUCAGAAAUGAAGAUGCAGUCAGCCAGAUGGCUGUGACACCCUUUGCGUUGCCAUCAAGUUCGCCAUCGUCUCUAGAGAAUCAGAGCAGCCCUGAGCCCCCCAGUUGUGAGGAAGAUGGCAGCCUUGAUGUGGGCAUCAAACCGUUAUCUGAAAGUGAAAGCUCCAGACAGGAGGAUGCCUCCCCGGUGGCAGGACAAGGAGUGCUGGCUGACCCACGAAGGACCCCUGAGUGCACAGCAGACCAUACUCCAGGGACAGCCCGUUGCCUCACUGCUUCCACCAGAAUCUUCCAGCUUGGCCUAGGUUCCCUGGCUAACUACAGAUCCAGAAGGCAGGCUGUCAGCCAGAUGAAACAGCAAAAGUAUUCUGCAAAGGUCUCCUUCAAUCCACAAGAGAUCCCUUUAGCACCAAGUUCAUCAUAUCCAUCACCAGAUGCAGAACUCACAGGCUAUGGCAGUUUCCAGGCUCCUCUUUCGGUUGACCCCGCCACGUGUCCAAUCAUCCCUGGCCAGGAAAUGAUUAUAGAAAUAUCCAAGGGGCAGUCAGGACUUGGUCUCAGCAUCGUGGGAGGAAAAGACACACCCUUGGAUGCUAUUGUUAUACACGAAGUCUAUGAAGAAGGAGCAGCCGCCAGAGAUGGAAGACUUUGGGCUGGUGACCAGAUAUUAGAGGUUAAUGGUACCGACCUGCGGAGCGCCAGUCAUGAGGAGGCCAUCACUGCGCUGAGGCAGACCCCACAGAAGGUGCGGUUGGUGGUGUACCGAGACGAGGCGCAUUACAGGGAUGAGGAGAACCUGGAAGUCUUCCCCGUGGAUCUGCAGAAGAAGACGGGUCGUGGACUUGGCCUGAGCAUCGUGGGGAAACGAAACGGCAGCGGCGUGUUUAUCUCUGACAUUGUGAAGGGGGGCGCUGCAGAUCUGGAUGGGAGAUUGAUCCAGGGUGAUCAGAUCUUAUCUGUAAAUGGGGAGGAUAUGAGAAGUGCAUCCCAGGAGACUGUUGCCACAGUUCUCAAGUGUGCACAGGGGCUUGUGCAGCUAGAGAUCGGAAGACUCCGAGCUGGUUCCUGGACCUCCUCGAGAAAGACAUCACAAAACAGUCAGGGGACUCCAUGCAGCACUUCACACAGCGGCUUCCCACCUGCCAUCACUCCCGUCCGCACCAGCCUGCAGAACCUGGUCAGCACCAAAAAAGCAUCAGAUCCAUCCCCUCAAAAUUCAGGCAGCGAUACAGGACCAAGAACUGUUGAGAUAAUAAGGGAGCUCAGCGAUGCCCUUGGAAUCAGUAUUGCAGGAGGCAAAGGAAGCCCCUUAGGAGAUAUUCCUAUAUUUAUUGCCAUGAUCCAGGCCAGUGGUGUGGCUGCUCGGACACAGAAGCUGAAAGUUGGAGACCGGAUUGUCAGCAUUAAUGGGCAACCUCUGGAUGGGCUGACUCACACCGACGUGGUUAAUGUGCUGAAAAAUGCAUACGGGCGCAUUAUCCUACAGGUUGUAGCAGACACCAACAUAAGUGCCAUCGCUUCUCACUUCGAGACCAUGACAACGGGCCACCAACCCAGUUCCCCCACCUCUGACCAGCAUCCCGAAGACUCCGAAAUACCUGAACCUAAGUUUAUAACUCUGGAGAAAGGAUCCGAAGGACUGGGGUUUAGCAUUGUAGGGGGGUACGGAAGCCCCCAUGGAGACCUGCCGAUUUAUGUCAAGACUAUAUUUGCAAAGGGCGCCGCCGCUGAUGAUGGCCGCUUGAAGCGAGGGGAUCAGAUCUUAGCUGUGAACAACGAGACCCUGGAAGGGGUGACCCAUGAACAAGCAGUGGCCAUUCUAAAACGCCAGCGAGGAACCGUCACCUUGACGGUGUUGUCUUGAGCCUUGGGGCCCUGCCACAGCA